AUGGAGGGGGGUCCCCAGGCUGCAAGCAAAAACGAGUUCACGGAAUGUUGGAACCGAGCAACUGGUUCACCUUACAUUAUGCGGCUGGCUUUAUCUGCUGGCAUUGGAGGUUUUCUAUUCGGUUAUGAUACAGGUGUGAUUUCUGGAGCCUUACUUUACAUCCGUGAGGAUUUCGAACAAGUUGAAAAAAAAACAUGGCUACAGGAAACCAUUGUGAGUAUGGCAAUUGCAGGAGCUAUAUUUGGUGCUGCAUUUGGAGGAUGGAUGAAUGACAAAUUAGGGAGGAAAAAGUCAAUUUUAACGGCUGAUGUUUUAUUCUUUAUUGGUGCAAUAGUUAUGGCUGUUGCUCCAGCUCCAUGGGUUAUCAUUGUUGGAAGAGUUUUAGUUGGUUUGGGAGUUGGUAUGGCAUCCAUGACUGCUCCUCUAUACAUCUCAGAAGCUUCCCCUGCUAAUAUCAGAGGAGCUUUAGUCUGUAUCAAUGCUUUGCUUAUCACAGGUGGCCAAUUUCUGGCCUAUCUUAUCAAUUUGGCAUUCACCAAGACGCCUGGAACCUGGCGAUGGAUGCUUGGGGUGGCUGCAGUUCCCGCCGCGGUUCAGCUCGUAUUAAUGUUUUCACUCCCUGAGUCACCUAGAUGGCUCUACAGACAGGGGAAGGUGGAGGAGACAAAGGAAAUCCUGUCAAGAAUAUAUCGCCCCGAUGAAGUUGAAGAGGAGAUGAAAGCAAUGGAAGAAUCCAUCAAAAUUGAGAAAGAAGAGGAAUCCUCAAUGGGGCAGAGUUUUGGAGAGAAAUUAAAGGGCGCUUUGAGUAAUGUUGUUAUUCGAAGAGCACUCUAUGCAGGUAUUACCGUUCAAGUUGCUCAGCAAUUUGUUGGUAUCAACACGGUCAUGUAUUACAGCCCAACCAUUGUUCAGUUUGCUGGAAUUGCCUCAAACUCCACGGCUCUUGCACUUUCUCUGAUUACAUCUGGUCUAAAUGCUGUUGGCUCUAUCAUUAGUAUGAUAUUCAUAGAUAGAUACGGAAGGAGAAGAUUGAUGCUCAUCUCCAUGACUGGUAUCAUUGUUUGCCUCGUAGUUUUAAGUGGUGUAUUCUACCAGGCAGCUCACCAUGCUCCAGGAAUUAAUCACCAGGACACACUCUCUUUUGGUACAAACUCAACAUGCAAGGCUUACACAAGUGCCCCAAAUUUCUCUUCAUGGAACUGCAUGCAAUGUUUGCAAGCAGAGUGUGCCUUCUGUUCCAACGGCGAGAGUGAAUUUCUUCCGGGAGCAUGCUUGGCUGCAGAAAAGAGUAUCAGAGGUGUGUGCCGUGUGAAACAAAGAGUAUGGUUUUCACAGGGUUGUCCAAGCAAAAUUGGAAUCGUAGCAGUUUUAAUCCUUGGAUUGUAUAUAAUAGCAUACUCUCCUGGAAUGGGAAGCGUGCCUUGGGUUCUGAACUCAGAGAUAUACCCAUUGAGAUUCAGAGGUCUAGGUGGAGGUAUAGCAGCAGUUUCGAACUGGUGUAUUAAUCUCAUAAUGAGUGAGACAUUCUUAAGCAUGGUAAAUGCUUUAGGCUCUGCUGGCACAUUCCUCCUCUAUGCUGGAUUCUCCACGAUUUCCCUCAUCGCAAUCUUUUUAUUAGUGCCUGAAACCAAAGGCCUUCAGUUCGAGGAGGUCGAGAAGUUACUUCAAAAAGGCUUCAGACCUUUCUCGUGUAACCAGAAAGAGGAGCACAAGGACAAGAAGAAGGAUUUGGAGUCGAACUAA